AUGGCCUUUCGGUCUGCGGCGGGCGCGUUUGACGCCGAGUUUCCAGGACGAGGGAGCGCGGGCGGCGGGGGCGUCAGGUUCGGCAGAGGCCAGGGCCCUCGCCGCCGCCCCGGCUCGGCCCCGCCCCCGCCCCGCCCGCAGCACGAGUUCGCGGCUCCGCUGGCCCGCAGGACCCUGGACACGCUGCGGUGCUACUCCGUGGGCGGGGGCUGGGAGAGGAGGAGCGCGCAGCCCCCGCCCACAACACGCGCCUCCGUCAAGUCGGUGGAGACAACGCGCGCCUCCGUCAAGUCGGUGGAGACAACACGCGCCUCCGUCAAGUCGGUGGAGACAGCGCGCGCCUCCGUCAAGUCGGUGGGGACAGCACGCGCCUCCGUCAAGUCGGUGGAGACAGCGCGCGCCUCCGUCAAGUCGGUGGAGAGAGUCUCCAGGAGUAGCUCUACGUUCAAAAAGCCCAGCCUGGUCAGGGAGCGAGCGGACGGCAGCUAUUGCGAGUGGUUCGCAGCCGCCUUGGGCAACCUGGAAUGGUUGCGGUUCUGUCUGAAUCCGGACCUUAAGGGAAUCCUCACCGAUAACAAGGGUUUCACUGCCAUCCACUUUGCAGCCCAAAAAGGCAAGCUAGAAUGCCUGCAGGUCUUGGUAGAGGAGUACCAGUUUCCCGUGGACCUGCCCACCAAAAAUGGCCAGACUCCACUACACCUCGUCAUCCACAAGGAAAACAGGAACGUGGUCCUCCCGUGCAUUCGCUAUCUGCUUCAGCACGGGGCAGCCCUCAACACUCAGACACGCAAUGGCUCCACACCGCUGCACCUGGCAGCCCGGGAGGGCCUGCUGAGCUGUGUGAAGGUCCUGGUGAAGAAUGGCGCCAAUGUCCACGCCCGAGACGCCAUAGGCUGCAAGCCCAUCGACUAUUGCAAAAUAUGGAACCACCGCGUCUGUGCUCGGUUCUUGAAGGAUGCCAUGUGGAAACGGGACAAGAAGGACUUUGCCUGUGAGAUGGGGAAGCUGAAGAGGCUCAAAGGCCAGCUGGCCCUCAUGGAGCAGGACUACCAGACUGAGUAUCAAAAAGAACUACAAGUUCUGAGACAAGCUGAUUUCAAGAAGUGGCUCCAUCGCAAGCUACUGCCUCGAGGCCAAUCUCUGACCCCCAGCACUGAGCAAGAGCCCCAAGCCCCUCCCUGGGCCAUCCCCGUCUCCAAGAUCCCCAAGCUGCCCAAGAGCUUCCACCCCUCCCCAGAGGAGCACCUGCAACAGAUACCACAGCCCCACCUGCAGCCCCCGCUGACAGCCACACCCCUCUACAGGCAGCCCACAGUGAGGCAGCCCAAGCCGUGGAAUAUCAGCAACAACCCCGCCAGAUCCCCCACCGCCCAGAUCGGCUCCCCACCGGGCAUCCGUCUGGGUGUGCAUCCAGACCCCAGCCUGGAGCACGACUUCCGCCGGUUCCUCAAGAUCAGGUCUGAUGGGCAAGGUGGUGCGCAGCUGCGCACGGUGGCUGGCAACCAGGUGGCCCCUGUGCCUCGGCUGCCCUUGGAGGUGAUAGUCCGUGAGCUGUACCCUCAGGUGCGGCCGUGCAGGAUGAAGGUGCCCCAGGGCUUCCACUCGGUCAGCAUAAGGGACGUGGACCGGAAGCGGUACUUGGGUGACAACACCUUCUGGACUGACACUCUGGCCAUGAACUUGCGUGAAACAUUUGAUGAAACCUUCCUGGCAGCAGUGCAAGCCCAUCAAGGGCUCCCCGUUCUGCCCUGCCCCUAACCACCCCCCACCCCCCAUAAACUUAUUUUGGUAGCCUCUCGA